GAAGGCACGGCAGGGUGCCGUGCCCAGCGGGCACGGUAGAGGAGCCGGAUCCCCAUGUUUGAAUCGCAUCUACCUCUUCUAGAUCUCUCACACUUUUUGUUCCGCGGAUCCGCUGAUAUGCAGGAUGCAGGUCUUGGAGGCACGUCCUAUAGCCAUGGCCGGGCCGGUGGAGUUGCAGGCUUCUCUUAGCAUAGCCGAGGCGGAGGUAUGCUGUGUCGGAGACCGCGCACACGUCGGGGAAAGUGUUGGAUUUCCGCCGGAAGAAGGAGAUUUCAAUGUUUGUUCAGAGGCUACGAGCGGCUGGACAAGGAGGGUGAGGAUUGGCAAAGCACCUGCACAGCGCAAGGCAAACCCAAACAGAAAGAGUGCUCUGGAGAUUUCACUAAGAGCUUUCGUCACAAAAAGGAAUGGCAAUGUUGUUAACCCAGAGAUUGGGACUUCGUUCAGUUCUGUUGAUGAGGCCUAUGAGUUUUAUAAUCUGUAUUCUUGUGGCUUGAUGCCCCAGAACUGUGUAACAAAAAAAAAUUAAAUUGCUUAUGUGCGCUGAUCA